AAUAAUAUUUCGCGCAUGGACAGCGAAUGCAUUUUCGUGGGCUGCAGCUCAGCUGCAAUCUCUCUCGCUGAGCAGUCGACAAAGCCUUUCAAGUAGACGUAAUCAAGUUGGCAAUCACAAAUAUAGCUGGAAUCCUGUCUUUGAUAUUGACGACUCCCAGCUUUGCUCCCCCUGCCUCGUAGCUUUCUUUUGUUCAACGCUCCGACUCGUGGGAGGCUUCAGGACACACGCAAGGCGCGCAUAAUGCACAAGUGCAACUGCGUGUACAGCGCUGGUGCUGCGCCGACGCACCUGCCGGGCAAGCAAGUGCGGCUACGUACCGCGGUGAGGGCGGGUGCGCUGUACACGCGCCCGGCACGCCACCACCGGUCAGUCCUGGAGCGCAAGCUCAACAAGGUGCUCACAAACCAGGGCAAAAUGCAGAAGGACAUCGGCGAAAUGCAGAAGGACAUUGGCAAAAUGCAGAAGGACAUCUCGCAGCUGAAGCAGGACAUGGCAGUGAACAAGGCGUUGGUCGCUGUCAACCUGACGCCGGUGGCAUCACUGGUGCUGGGAGUGCUGUACAUCGUGUACACCAACUUCAAGGUCUUGGGCGGCGGCUGAAGCACAACGCUGCGUGAAAUCAAUGGAAAUAGGUCAGGGUUGAAUUGAAUUUGGUUGGUUAAGUGAAUGUGUUUUGUAGGGCUGAACUGCAUGCACGCUGGCAUGGCAGCCUGCGUGACCACUUAGUGCUGCAUGGGCACCCCCUUGCACACGGCAGGGGCUGACAGCUAGGGCUCUCACUUAGCAGGGGAAAGGCGCGGGGAAAGCAAACACGAGAUGCUGGUUAGUCCUACAGUAUUGCCAAAAACGCUCAGGUAGUAGAGGCUGCUGCAAGGGUUUCUUGUAGAAUGUCGUGUUCUGGUUGUACAAAUUAUUGCAGGAAGAUGUGACUGACAAGAGUAUGAGGUUAUAAAGCAGAAACGGGAAGUUGACGCACUGCUCCUGUGGGAAGGACGAUGUAAGCGAUGUUUACAGGGAUAGUAGGCUGUUGCGUACCGUAAGCGUGAGCCGGUUAGUGGUUUGACAGACUAGGGCAUUAGCGCUGGGUAGGAAGUGGCAAAAGGCGGUUUGGUGCUGUUACUUGCUCCUUCACCCCUAAAGCUUCAUAAUGGUUCAAACUAGCACCCGUAAGGUGUCGCUGCGAAGCAUUUGCGAGGACGAGGACACGCUCGCAGCAAUUAGGUUCAAGGUGGAUUUUGU